CCCCCGAGGAGCGCGGGCCGCCGUCGAGAACGCGGAAGGAGGAGGCCGGCGGCGCCUGCCGGACGAUGGUGCUGGUGCGGGACGCCCCGUCGUCGCCCGAGGCCCGGGAGGAGGCGGCGGCGACCCCCGACCGCUCCCCCGCCUCUCCUCCCCCGGGCCGCGGGGCCCCAGGCGGCCGACCCGGGCCCAGCCCUCCGGCCCCUCCGCCGCCGCCGCCUGCCCGGAGCCCGACGCCCGCCCGUCGCAAGCUGCGCACCUUCCACUGGGAGGUGCUGCCGGCCGAGCGGGUGCGCGGGGGCCGAAGCAGCCUCUGGACCACGCCGGGCGGCGGCAGCAGCAGGCCGGGCGGCUUCGGCCUGGACCGGCGCUUGCUGGACGAGCUCUUCGGGCAGCCGUCGGGAGCGGCCGGGGGGAGCCUGCGUGGUCCGUCCGCCCACCAGGCCUCUCUGCUGGACUCCAAAAGGAUUCUGAACCUGGGCAUCUUCCUGAAGCAGUUCAAAAGGCCUGUGCAAGCAAUCGUGGCCGACAUCCGGGAUGGAGCCGGGGCUCUCUAUGGGGCAGAGAAGCUGCUGGAGCUGACCAAGCUGCUGCCCGACGGGGAAGAGGUCCAGAGGCUGCUGGCGUUCCAGGGGAGCCCGAGCCAGCUCUCCGAGGCCGAGGUCUUCGCCCUGCUGCUGGUCCAGGUGCCCAGCUAUGCCCACCGCUUGGAGCUGCUGGUGCUGAAGGAGGAGUUCUUCCCGCAUCUCAGUGCCCUGCGGUCGGCCAUCCAGACCAUGGCAGAGGCAGCUGCAGAGCUGCUGGGCUGCGAAGAGCUCCAUGACGUCAUCCGGCUGGUCCUGGAGGCUGGCAACUACAUGAAUGAGGGAGGCUACGCCGGCUCUGCCCUCGGCUUCCACAUGUCUUCGCUGCUCCGGCUGGCCGACACCAAAGCCAACAGGCCUGGCGUGGACUUGCUGCACUUCGUGGCGCUGGAGGCGGAGAAGAAAGACCCGCGACUUCUCUUCUUCCCCAGGAAGCUCCCCCAUGUUGGGCCGGCCUCGCGGAUUGUGGGUCCAGAGGUUGCGGCGGAGCUGCAUCGGCUGGGCCAGCGAGUCGUGGGGGCUCGGGAGGGGCUGGAGGCCCUGGACUUGAAGGCCCAGAUGGAGCCGUUCCUGCACGUGGCGGAGGCGGAGCUGAGCCUUGUGGGGGCCUCGCUGGACGACCUGAAGCGAGCCACGGCCACGCUCUGCAACUUCUUCUGCGAGGAGCCAGAGGCCUUCAGCCUGGCCGAGUGCUGCCGCAUCUUCCAGGCGUUUGGGGAGCGCUUCCUUCUCGCGGCUCAGGAGAACCAGGCUCGGGAGGCGACGGAGCGGCGGCGCCAGCAGCAGGAGCAGGUGCGCCGGGAGAAGAGGCAGCGGCGCUCCAUCGCCACGUGCUCCGCCCGGGAUCCUGACCUGCUGGACAUGCAGCUGGACCUGCUCUUCCUGGGGGCGCUUCGUCCUGGCCAGGGCGGCCGCUCCCUGCGGGGGCCUCACCCCUGCCCAGGCAGCCCCCAGCCCCGAGAGAGGCCGUUGCCCCCCAGGCGGAGGCACACGCUCACCCUGCUGUCCCCCGGCUCCCAGCCUUCCCUGCAAGAGCCGCCCACAGCAGCUCUCCCCGCGUCGGCUCCCCCCAGCAAGGCCAAGCGGGGCAGGCGCUUCGGACAGGGCCUCAAGGCGUUGCUGAGGUCGCCUCUGCUGGAGCCCUCCAAGGAGCUCCCUUCGCCAGGCGCCCCCCAGGGCCUCCGCUUCCCCACUCUUUUCCAAAGGAAGCUCCUCCCAGGGGCAGCAGCAGCAGCGACCCCCCCAGGAUCCCCCCAGGAGGGCUCUGGGCUGGUGGGAUUCUUCCGCAGGCUGAGCGUUGGAGAUAAAGGACAGUCCCCGUCUGAGGGCUGAGGGGCCCCUGGCUGCUUGCCCAGGCGGGGGGGGGAGGCUGGGGAGGGGGAGACCAGGAGCAGGGGGUUCGGUGGGGGCUCCUGCCUGGUCCUACUGGGGCUUCUCUGCUCCGUCCAGCCUGCAUCCCUUCCCCUUCCUUCCUCCCUUCCUUCCGGCCACUGGGAUUGGAGCCUCUGGCCCCCCAGCCUCCGAGCACAGAGCGGGACCGCCCAGGUCUUCCCCAUAACUCCUUGCCCCAGACAGCAGCAGCAGCAGCAGCAGCCCCCCCACCCCACCCCUGCCCAAUAUUGCUGCUCCAGAGUUUUUAAAAGCUCCCUCUCUUGUUUCUUUUUAAAUGUGUUAAUCUGAAUAAAUGGUUUGAGUCUUUA